AUGGACUCUCGCAGCUCAAUACAACAGGUCCCCCUCCACCUCACCUCCUUGACCAUCCUCUCGCCCAACAAUGCGCCCCUCUAUGUCCACUCCUUCACUGGUGAACAGGACCAGCUCUCGCAUUACCAUCUCGGACAUGCCGCUGUAGACGUUAUCGAGGAACGCAUUGUAAUGACCUCAACACCCACUAAACCAGCUGAUUCGUAUCUCGGAUUACUCUUCUGUAUGGAAGAUAUGGCCUUCUAUGGAUUCCAAACACCAACGAAACUCAGGAUGGUCCUGUCUGUAGCUCUGGUAGACGCCAUGAUCAAAGACGCCGAUAUUGUCGCUAUCUUCCGAGCCGUCCACCAGCUCGUUCUAUCAACCACCAACAACCCCUUCCUCUCCCUGCCUCCUACUUUCCACGCCAAACCUGCCAUUCCCGCUGAAACAGAUACCAAACCCCCAUCCUCAGAAAGUAUCAUCAACCCGCAAAUACCAGCGUCAAAUAUGUUUGCUACCAGCCCGGAGGACAUCAAAGCAGAGUGGUUCAGGGAUAGCAAAAGGUUUAAUGAUGGGAUCAAGGCUAUUGGAGAAUUGCUGAGUGGAGGCCGCUAG